AUGUCGGCGACACGCAACAUGACCCAAAGCCGCCUACUUCGACUACCUCCUGAAGUCCUUCUCCUCAUGACGGAAGAUGAUUUUCUUGAAUGGGAAGAUCUUUGCAGACUUCGCCAUGUAUGCUGUUUCUUCUUCCACAGUCUGGGUAAGCGAGUGCUCAGGGCCAGAGACCUUUUCUUCUUUCGCAACGCAUGCUUGCACGCUGACGUGGAUAUAUUGAUCGAGUGUCUGAAUAAAGAUGCGAUCCCAACUGGUACCGUUUGGGAAAGUCCUCAUCGUUCAGCAGGGGAUUACGUAGUCGAUGGAUUCCGAGCGGACCAUGGAUACGAGCUUAGUUACUCGGUUAAAAAUACUGGUGAUGCUCCCGGACAUUAUCGUCCUUUCUCUGCGGACCUUCUGUUCAUGGUAUGGGACGCCAAUGAUGCUGGACGUCUUCAAGCAAUUUGCGAUGUCAUCCACUUCGUUGUCGAUAAGGGUAUGAUGUUUCCAAGCUUUCUCGGAUACUCGUUCGAGGCAGAGCGGGAGCCAAUGUGUAGAACUUUGAUAGGAUUUAUAAUGGCUAUUCACUGCCCGGCUUCCAUCCUGAAGCUGUUCUUGAAGCAGCUCCAUGACCAAGGCUUGACCCUGAAGAGUCUCACCAACAAUCAGGUUUAUAAAGGCGAAACCACGGAGACCUCCGCGUUCCUAUGGGAAAUGUUUAGAUACAUUUUCGAUUCACUCCCCCCUAUGUUAGAAGAGGAUGACGGGGAUAUGGCCAGGGUGCUACUCAGACUUGAGGAUCCCAACGGAAUAGCAGACAAUUUCGGGGACAAGGUCAAGGCGCUGAUCGAAUACAACUCUGUUGAUUAUGGCGAAGCGCGGGUCUUGAAAGGUAUUUGGGGAGGUCUUCAGAAGAUGGCGCGCAAAAGAAUCGAACAAGGCUUCCUCGAUUUUGACCAAGACGGGCUCUGGUACUGGCGAGAGCUAAACAUGUCAAUUGCAUAUCUUGCUAUCGAACGGACAGUCCUGACACAAAGGCCUUUGCACAGUCAGGAUCCCCGCCCUAUUCACGCAUUUGAACUCCAUCACCAAGGUUGGUACCCCCCAGAACAGCUAAGCUGGAUGAAAAUGUUUCUUGCAGAACGCAGAGGGAGAAUUGAAGCUUCAAAAUUCGAGGACAGAAGUAUAGGUGAUUGGUGGACCAUGCCCCUUUGCGACUGGGACUUUUUCGUCCCACCACACAAGUUUUCCUGCAAGGGUUAUCGUGAGCACAGGGCAACUGAAGAAGUCUGGUUGAGAAUGAGGGAUGAGGCGCCGGAUCCCAUACCUUGA